AUGGUUACUACAGCUGUUGAAAAUAAGAAGCGUAAGCGCUCUCACGCUGAUAAAAGAGCCAACAAAAAGAAGCAGGAAAUUGAAAAGGGAGAGGCCAAGCCAGUCGAAGAAAAGGUCGAAGAGGAGAAACCUGCUGAAGUUACUGAAGAAGUCAUCAAUUUCGAUUUCGAGAGCCUCGAUUGCAGCGAGAAUACCAAAAAGGCCAUCAAAGACAUGGGCUUCACUCGUAUGACUGAAGUGCAAGCCAAGACCAUUCCACCCCUCUUGGAAGGCAGAGAUGUUUUGGGAGCUGCCAAGACUGGAUCUGGUAAGACAGUUGCUUUUAUGAUUCCAGCCAUCGAGUUAUUGCUUCGCAAGAACUUUAAGCCUAGAAACGGUACCGGUGUCAUCAUUGUUUCUCCUACUCGUGAAUUAGCUAUCCAAAUCUACGGUGUGGCAGAGGAAUUAUGUAAAUAUCACCAACUGACGCACGGCCUUGUCAUUGGUGGUGCCAACAGAAAAGCAGAAACCGAGAAAUUGGUCAAAGGCGUCAAUUUAUUAGUCGCUACACCUGGCCGACUUUUGGAUCAUUUACAAAACUCUCAAGGAUUUGUCUACAAGAACUUGCAGACACUCGUGAUUGAUGAAGCAGAUCGUAUUUUGGAUAUUGGUUUCGAGGAAGAGAUGAAGCAGAUUGUAAAGAUUUUGCCCAAGGAACGUCAAAGUAUGCUGUUCUCUGCCACACAAACCACCAAAGUAUCUGAUUUGGCUCGUAUCUCACUCAAGGCUGGACCUCUUUAUAUCAACGUCGAUGAAAAGAAGGAAGCUUCAACAGCAGAUGGAUUGGAACAAGGUUUUGUUGUUGUCGAGGCUGAUAAGCGAUUCUUGCUGCUGUUCACCUUUCUUCGCAAAAACCAAAAGAAGAAGGUCAUUGUCUUCUUCUCCAACUGCAAUGCCGUCAAAUACUAUGCCGAACUCUUGAAUUACAUCGAUGUGCCAGUAAUGGAAUUGCACGGUCGUCAAAAGCAGCAAAAGCGUACAUCUACCUUUUUCGAAUUCUCUCAAGCUGAACGUGGUAUUUUGCUGUGUACAGAUGUUGCUGCCAGAGGCUUAGAUAUUCCCGCUGUCGAUUGGAUUGUUCAAUACGACCCCCCAGAUGACACUCGCGAUUACAUUCACCGUGUUGGAAGAACUGCUCGUGCUGGCGGUAAGGGAAAGAGUUUAUUGUUCUUACUGCCAAGUGAAACUGGUUUCUUGAAGUUCUUGAAAGAAGCCAAGGUGCCUUUGAACGAAUAUCAAUUCCCCAACAACAAAAUUACCAACGUACAAAGUCAGCUUGAAAAAUUGAUCGAAAAGAACUACUAUCUUAAUCAAUCUGCUCGUGAUGCGUUUAGAUCUUACUUGCAAGCUUAUGCCACAUAUCAUUUAAAACACAUUUUCGAUGUCGAUAGCCUUGAUCUCACAAAGGUUGCCAAAUCAUUUGGUUUCAAGGUUCCUCCCAAGGUCAAUUUGGCUAUCUCCAGCUCUAAAUAA